AUGUCUUUUCUUGGGGGUGCCGAGUGUUCGACAGCGGGCAACCCGCUUACCCAAUUCAAAAACCAUGUUCAGAGCGACAACACCCUCCAACGGGACCGGCUUGUCGGCCGGGCCCAACCUGGGCUGGAAGAGAGCAUGCGUUCUCGAAUGACGCCGAAUGGCUCUGAUCAGAUGAUGAACGACUUCAUGCAACAAUCCGGCAUGCCCCAGCCCUUCGCCAUGGAGCAACUAAGACACGACCUUCCCAAUCUUCAAGGCAUAACGCGGCGGUCACCUUCCCCCGGCUGGGCCGCAGAGUUUGACCCCGGUGAACAAGCAAGAAUGGAGGCUGCUUUUGCAAACCCAAGACUCAAUGGUCAGAGCCAACCAACCUUUUCGCCACAGGAAUUUGCUCGCUUCCAACAAGCCCAAGCACAACGAACCGCAAGCCCCAUCAUGCAAACGCCCUCUAUGAUGAAUAGCUAUCAGAGCCCGAUGGGCAUGGGAUAUAUGGGUGGCAUGAACCUCGGGAUGAAUUUUGGAUCCCUACAUAUGCAACAACAACCUGAACAAACCACGGACAAAGGGAAAGGUCGGAUGGUGGAACUUGAUGAUGCAAACUGGGAGGCCCAGUUUAAAGAACUCGAGUCGCAGCACGAUAACAUUUCAGAACAGGCCAAUGAGGCAAUACAGAGAGAACUCGAGGAAAUUGACAGGUCAGUGGAAUCUCCCGCCGACGGAUUUGAAGAUUUCGAGAAAGUAUGGCAAUGGCAUGGAGCGAAAACUGAACACGAGUGCAGAGACAUGUACGAAGAAGUUGCCAAAGACGACCCUUUUACUGCAGAGGACCUUGCUGCUUGGGAAAACUUCGACUCCACAAUGGGACUGAAUACGCAUCAUCCUUUCGAACGAGAGCCAAUGCUCGGAGAUUACAUGUUUGAAUCACAAAAUCCCUACCUAGAAAACAACGCGACGUCCAGGUCAGCAUUCGAACAAGGGAAAGAGAUCCUUGAGUCACACGGCAACCUGUCACUUGCAGCAUUGGCAUUUGAGGCUGCCGUGCAACAAGAACCCAACCAUGUAGAAGCAUGGGUCUUACUUGGCGCUGCUCAGGCCCAAAACGAAAAAGAGUCACCGGCCAUCCGGGCUCUGGAGAAGGCGUUAGAGCUUGACCCCAACAAUCUCGACGCUCUGAUGGCCUUGGCUGUUUCAUACACUAACGAGGGCUAUGACAGCACGGCCUACCGGACACUUGAACGCUGGCUCAGCGUCAAAUACCCUCAAAUCCACCCUCCUGAGAAUUUGUCGAGUCCUGCUGAGCACGGCUUCACCGACAGAGCGAUUUUGCAUGAGAGAGUUGUCGACCUUUUUAUCAAGGCUGCUCAGUUGUCGCCUUCUGGAGAGCAAAUGGAUCCCGACGUGCAGGUUGGACUCGGUGUUCUCUUCUACGGCAAUGAAGAUUUUGAAAAGGCUGUGGACUGCUUCAAGGCUGCUCUUGCAUCUACAGAGAGCGGGAUGGUCAACCAAGAACGCGAAGUGCAUUUGCUGUGGAAUCGACUAGGCGCGACGCUGGCCAAUUCUGGUCGGUCCGAGGAUGCGAUCACUGCAUACUGCAAAGCGUUGGAGGUCAACCCCAAUUUUGUUCGAGCACGAUAUAAUCUGGGCGUUUCAUGCAUUAAUAUUGGCUGUUACCCUGAGGCAGCUGGGCAUUUAUUGGGGGCUUUGAAUCUACAUCGAGCUGUGAGUGAACAGGGUCUAGACAAAGCCAGAGAAAUAGUCGGAGACGGCAGUGGCGGAAUCUCAGAUGCCGAGCUGGAGAGGAUGAUACAUCAAAACGAGAGCACAAAUCUCUAUGACACUUUGAGAAGAGCAUUUACGGGCAUGGGAAGACGGGAUUUGACAGAGAGGGUUGGGGUUGGCAUGAACCUGGACCAGUUCAGAGGCGAGUUUGAAUUCUGA